UGUGUGUGUCCACAGGCAGCUGAUCUUGAUCAUGGAGUUGUACAGCCACGAUGAUGUGUAUAACUACCUCAGACAAAUAGCACUAACCCUCUGCUCAGACAAAGUGUCAGAGGUCCGGUGGAUCUCUUACCAGCUGGUGGUGGAGAUCUUACAGAAGAUGUAUGCGUGUGGAGCCCACGAGCUGGGCCUGAACUUCAGCAACGAGCUCAUCGUCCGCUUCUGCCACUGUCCAAAAUGGGUGGGCCGCCAGGCCUUUGCCUUCAUCUGCCAGGCCAUCGUGGAGGAGGACUGUAUGCCCAUGGACCAGUUUGCCCAGCACCUCCUCCCCAGUCUCCUCAGCCUGUCGUUGGACCCCGUGGCCAACGUCCGCGUGCUGGUGGCCAAAGCACUGCGGCAGAGUGUCAUGGAGAAAGCGUACUUCAAAGAGCCGGGCAGUGCCUACUUAGAAGAGCUGGAGGAGACGGUGAUGACCCUGCAGGCGGACAAGGACAGAGACGUACGCUUCUUUGCCAGCCUGGACCCCGACAUGGUGCUUAUGGACACUUCUGCUUUAAUCUAGAACCUUCCAGCCUGCUCCAACACACAGCCAAUAACUAUCACCAGCAUCAGACCUGACCAGAACACUCGCCUGCAGGAAAUAAAGGCACUGAUACAGAAACAUACAUAGAAUCAGUCAUGUGCUCUCUCUCUGUCUCUCUCACACACACACACACACACACACGAUCUGAAAACCGCACCUCGCUAAGCUAAAACAGCCACCGCAAAAUGGCAUCGGAUUCCAGGUGGAAAACAACCCACCAUGCGGCUCGGCUAGCGUCCCGUCGUCGAGUCACCUCAACCCAUCUGUAUCCAGCUGGUUCUCUCAGGUCCUCUGGUUUCAUCACGGUUUCUCUCUCUCUUUUCAUCUUGUCUUCAAUGACCUCCGUAACCACUACUGCUUAGGAGAAGGAACAACCGCACCACUUGGCACGAAACAAAAUAUGUUCAUGAACUCGUGGCAUCUUCCCUCUGUGUGUUUACUACGUCAAUAAUGUGAUCCAAGUCUCCCAGAGACCAAUGAAAUACCUCUGAUUGGACAUAACUCAGGCCAGUUUCGCCAUAGGGGCGUUUAGCUUAUAGAAUGAGGUACAGCGCUUUAGAACGCAGAUAGAAAUGGAAUGUAUAGAUAGACUCACUAGAAUUGUGAUUCUUCUAUAUACAAUGCAUCUGUACAUUCUAUAACGUUGCUCUCCCCUGAAUAAACCUCGGGUGUCAGCGGGACCUCGGGUGUCAGCGGGACCUCUGGUGUCAGCGGGACCUCAGGUGACAGUCAAUUUUGCAUCCCAAAUGGCACCCUAUUCCCUUUAUAGUGCACUACUUUUGACCAGGGCCCAUAGGGCUAUGGUCAAAAAAGUGCACUGUAUAGGGAACAGGGUGCCAUAUUGGAUGCAGCCCUUCAAUUGUGUUUUGGGGUUAUUUGGGGUGUUCACGACUCAAGGGCU